AUUGUUGACAGUACAUAAUGCCACCAAAUACACAUGAAAAGUUGAAAAAUCGAAUCAUUAUGAAAAUGUCGCACCUAAAUUGAUUUUAAAAUUUGGCAUUACAAGCAUAAAUAAAUUAUAUUUCGUCAUAUUGUUAUUGAAAAUAAGUGCGUGCAUAUACAAAAAUGGUUAUGGACAAUUAAAUGUCUAAUUCCUAAUUUGUUUAAUAGUCGCUGGUUUUAGUUGGUUGGAGCUGCGAAAAAAUCCAGAGCAAAUAAAUUAGGAUCCGGAAAACAUUUAAAAUAUUCGCUAUGGCUGCAAUGUUUAAGAUCUAAAAUUACUCGCCCAACCAAAGGAAUAAGCUUGUGGAAAAAUGCCAGAGAAACGAAAUACGCCACACGAACUGCGUGUAUACAAGAUUGUCAUACUUGGAGAUGGUGGGGUUGGUAAAUCAGCUGUCACCUUGCAAUUCGUAAGUCAUAGCUUUACGGACUACCACGAUCCAACUAUCGAGGAUUCCUAUCAACAGCAAGCAGUGAUUGAUGGUGAUGCCGCGCUGCUGGACAUACUCGACACUGCUGGCCAGGUUGAGUUUACGGCCAUGCGUGAUCAGUAUAUGCGUUGUGGUGAAGGUUUCAUAAUAUGUUACUCAGUGACAGACCGGCAUAGCUUUCAAGAGGCGUCAGAGUAUCGUAAACUAAUACAACGCGUACGACUAUCCGAAGACAUACCAUUGGUACUAAUUGCGAACAAAAUCGAUUUGGUUUUAGCAAGAAAGGUAACCACUGAAGAGGGCAAAAAUUUGGCAAAUCAGUUUGGUUGUCCGUUCUUUGAGACGUCCGCAUGUGAGCGACAUUGCAUUGAUGAACCAUUCUACACGCUCGUUCGCGAAAUACGCCGCAAAGAAGCACAAGGUAGUGGCACAAGUUCGGAAAAGCUACAUUCUCGUCGACGCAGCCGCUGGUGGCGCAUACGCUCAAUAUUCGCUUUGGUCUUUCGGCGCCGCAGAAAUCUUAAUUGAGCAUGCGCAUAUGCAGAACACCAGCUAAAUGCGCGCAUUAAAGUAUAAAAUCAAAUUGGUAUAAUUAAAAACGCACACAACUAAUCGGCGGUGAUUCUGCGCCUGCAACUGAGACGGUUGUAAACGCAACAUAUAUUUUUCAUUUUUUACUAACAAUAACAAAAGCAUUUAAAUCAACAAAAUUUCCUACUGCUCAAGUCAAUCUAUAAGUUCUUUGCCAGAUCCAAUAAGGUAUGUGACAUCUCGUAUGUAAGUAAGCGCUUAAAGUUGCUUUAGUUAGCCAAGCUACGAGCUAAUAUAGAUUUUCUUAAUUUAUUUUAUGCAUUUCUAAAAAAAUUGUAAUUUAUUUAUUUUUUCUAUGCAAAAUUAAUUUAAAAAAAAAAACUAUUUAAAAUUUUUUGUUAGCGACAUUAUUUUUUAUAACGGUUUGCUCAAAUGUCAAAAGUGCAAGGCAGAGAAAAAGUCAUAGUGAUUUUAUUUAUAGUUUUUGUUUUUAUUUCAAUAAGAAAAUCGUGUCGAAAGCUCGUGUGAUAGUUUUAAGUGUUAAAAAGUAAGAAGGCAAAAUAUUUAAAGAAUUUAUUCACAUAUAAAACAGAAAAGUGCGUAUUUUUCAAAAAUCUCUCCAAAAACAGCAAUAAACUAUUCAACCUGUCCAACAAAUACGUAUGAAUGUGUAUAAUAUAAUAUGUACUACAUGUGCAUACAAAUGUAUAUACAUACAUAUAUAAUAUAAAUGCAGUAUAUUAUGAAUGCUAGAGCAUGCAACAUGACAACUAAUAAAUUAUAAAUACUAUACAAAAAGUAAACAAAUACAAAUUCUUAAAAUUUUACUCAAUUAUUAAAUGAAUCUUUAAUAAUGAUACAUAUUUACGAUACUUCCGUAACACAAUUAGAUGGCUUAAUACAAUAUACAAAAAUAGUGAAUAUGUUAAGUAAAAAAAAAUAAUAACCAACUAGUUAAUUUAAAUAGAACUUGUUAAUUUUAUGCAAAUACUACCACUUGAAAGCUCUAAGACUUUUAUCCCAAAAAGUGAUAAACAAACGUAACUAACUAACUAUUGAAUGCGCCAUUCAGCGCGAAUUCUAUACGGGCCAUAUUAUAAUGAUAAGGAUUUGUUGAAAAUCGUACUAUCAGUCUGCGAAAAUUUCCCACUACAUAUUGUACUACUAUUAAAAAAAUUGUUACAGAUGUGUUAUCUAGUUGAAAUUUUACAUGUAAAGUGUACUCAACAUAAACAGUUUAUUUUGAAUUGUGAAUUCAAAAUGAGUCAUACUAUAUAAAUAUAGUUGAAAAACAUAUUAUAUAUAUUAGUUAUAGCAAUUAAUUUGAAAAGCUUUAAUAUAUUUAUUAUUUUUUAUUGUUAAAUAAUAUGUAAUUUAUAUUUAUUUAUUUUUUGUUGUUGCUUUAUUUAUGAAAUGUGUAAAUAUGUACAUCUUAUUGUACCUGGGUGAAUAAUAUUACUUUUACAAGCACAAACAUUACACAAACACUCGGGUAACAUGUUCCAAUAAAAAAAAUUAUAGCAUAAAAAA